UGCAUGAUAUGUAUUGAAAUUUCAAUUAUUUCUUUAUUUUAUAAAUUGAUUUAUGUUUUUACAGAUCCCUGCUAUAACUACACUGCGCUAGACGAUCCUUGGAGAUCCCCAGACAAUCGAUAUCCCCCCCAAUAUAUGUGUGAUUAUUAUGUCAGCUGGAACGGCUGGUAUCGUCUCUUCCUUCAUGGUCAGAGCGUUCAGAUGCCAGACACAUGUGUUGAUGAGAAUAGUUGUGGCACUGAUGCCCCACUGUGGCUUAAUGGAGCACAUCCAACAGUUGAGGACGGAGUGGUCUCUCGAGAUGUCUGCAUUUCCUGGAGGAAUAACUGCUGCCAUGCCCAUUCCAAUCCCAUUAAUGUCAAAGCCUGUCCAGGAGGUUAUUAUGUCUAUGAGUUUGUGAUGCCAAUUGGCUGCUAUUUUACAUACUGUGCAGGACGAGGAAUAUUUUACUCAUUCGGCUGGGCAGUAAGAGACACAAACAAUCCUGCUGAUGGAAACUCCUCUGUUAUUCAGCUGUCGAGUCCAUUUCUGUUCUUUGGCCGCACAUACCAGCAGAUUUAUGUGAAUAAUAAUGGACUCCUUACAUUCAACCAGUCUUCAUCAGCAUAUAUUCCCUACUCAUUUCCUGCUAACAGAAACCAAGAUAUAAUUGCUGGUCUCUGGACUGACCUUGACAACCGUGUGAAAGGUGUUGUUUCAUAUAAUCAGUACACCAGUGGAAAUGUUCUCACAAAUGCCACUCGGGAUAUAAACACAUAUUUUCCAAAGCUGAACUUCAACGCUUCUUGGGUGUUUGUUGCAACGUGGAAUAAAGUCGCUUACUUCAACUUAACCAGCACAGACACAUCGUUUCAAGUGGUUUUAAUUUCAGACAGAAAUUCUUCAUUUAUUCUGAUGAAUUAUGGUGACAUUGCUGUAACUGAACAUCCAGUGCAGGCUGGUUAUGACACAAUAAACUCCACACACUACAUUGUGAUUCCUGGAUCAAACCGCGGCAGCUUCAUCUCAAACUUCAGGAACUCCAGUAAUGUUGAUGUUCCCGGUCGAUGGGCCUUCAUGGUUGCUGGUGAACCAGACAAUGUCAUUGGAAUUCAAGUGAGACUUUCCUCAUUUUCAGACCUAACACAGAGUAGCAACAUUGAAAUGGUUUUACAGCAAAUGAAACAGGAGCUGGUCAAAUACGGUCUGCCAAACAGCGUGGAGCUGAAGUUAAGAAAACGGCAGAAGAUAAAGCCAUAAUUACAGUCUCUUCAGGAAAAUUAAAACCUGUUUGUUUAACAUCUGGCAGCAAAUAUCCCUGAUGACUGAUGAUGUAAAAUGUUCAGUUUCAUUUAAAGGGUUACACAAACAAGCAUAAAAGUAUCAAAGAAGAGAUCUAUUAGUAAUCAUCCCUGAUCCUCCUUUUUCUUUGCUCAUCAAUCAUGCAGUGUGUAAUAAAUGUCAGCUGCAGAAAUUUUAACUAAUCAGAUCUUUACUGAAAGUAAAACUGUUUUUCUUAUUCACCUUCAUUAGGACCUUAUCUUAUAAGGAUACAAACACUUAAUAUAAUGUGCAUUAUAGGUUGAAUGCGAUGUACAUCGCUUUGAAUAAAAGCCUCUGCCAAAUACAUCAGUCAUAUUCCAUCUUCCAUUUCCAUCACUGCAUGAUUCAUGAAUCACUGAAGCAUUUUUAAU